CGGCUCCUACCCGCGCGGGAGCCGCAAACAGAAGCUCCUGAUUGCGCAAGUGACAAUUCUCGACGCUCAGCUCCGUGCGGCGCUGCACGAAGCCGGGUUCAUACGCGCCCUCCGAAGCCCCGCUGCAGCCCCGCGCACAGCGACUGCUGCGCCAGCCCCGCGCCGUGGCGGCGACGCUCCGCGGCCGCGCCUGUUGGCGGCCGGGCCGCGCUGCCGGGGCCGCCCGGGGGCAGCGACAAAUCCCACCCCGGGCUGCCGCCGCCACCGCCCCCGUCGCGGCCCGGGGCCGCCCGCCCCGGCCCUGAUUGGGCUCUCGGGGAGGCCCCUCCCGCCGGGCCCCCGCCCGCCCGCCGGGGCGGCCCCGCCGCCGCGCCGCGCCCUCUCCCCAAAUACACCUUUGCGGUGGUAGGGAUCGGCAGCGGCAGCCUGCACAGAGCCCUUCCGCGGGGCUGCGCAGCCGCGAGUAGCCCCUGCGGCAUGGGGCAUACAUUUGUUCCUGUGGUGAUUUAUAGCUACCAAUAAUCUUCCACAGUAGUUGCUUUAUCUGCUAUUCUGGCAUCUUCUGCUCUUGUUGGUAACAGAAGAGAACUAUUAAACACAAAGCCAAGUACUCAAACUCAAAGGAGAGACUUUGUACAGUAUGUUCUGUACAAAACUGAAAGACUUGAAGAUCACAGGAGAAUGUCCUUUCUCCUUACUUACUCAAAGUCACAUUACUGAGGAGCGUGACAAGGAUUGUGCAGAAAACAGCUCUAGAGCAGCUUUGCCCAUCUGCAAAGAAGUCCAUGAAAAAGAUGCUCAAGGAAACCUUCCUCAAAGGAAAACGAGCAGAAGUAGAGUGUACCUGCACACAUUAACUGAAAGCAUCUGCAAACUAAUCUUUCCUGAGUUUGAAAGACUAAAUCUUGCACUUCAGAGAACACUUGCAAAACACAGAAUAAAAGAAACCAGAAAAACUGGGGAUAGAGAAGAUUUUGAAAAAAUAAUCAGUGAUCAUGCUAAUGCAGCAGGUGUUCCCGUGGAGGUUCUACGGGAAUCUCUUGGUGAAGAGCUAUUCAAAAUAUGCUAUGAAGAGGAUGAACACAUAUUAGGUGUUAUUGGAGGAACCCUUAAGGACUUCUUGAACAGUUUCACCACUCUGCUGAAGCAGAGUGGCCACAGCCAAGAAGCAGGAAAAAAGGACAGACUUGAAGAUGCUUCUAUACUAUGCCUGGAGAAAGAUCAGGACUUCUUAAAUGUGUAUUAUUUCUUUCCUAAGAAAAUCACAAGUCUUAUUCUAUCUGGUAUUAUUAAAGCAGCAGCUCAUGUUUUAUAUGAAACUGAGGUGGAAGUGAUGCUCAUGCCUCCUUGUUUCCAUAAUGACUGCACUGAGUUUGCUAAUCAGCCUUAUUUGCUGUACUCUAUACAAGUCAAAAGUGCAAAACCUUCCUUAUCUCCAUGUAAACCACAGUCUUCACUUGUGAUUCCUGCCUCUAUGUUCUGUAAGACUUUCCCCUUUCAUUUUAUGUUCGACAAGGAUAUGUCAGUUCUUCAAAUUGGAAAUGGGAUAAGAAGACUUUUGACCAGGAGAGAACUUCAAGCUAAGCCCAAUUUUGAAGAGUAUUUUGAAAUUCUUACCCCAAAAGUAAGCUGCACUUUUAGUGGAAUAAUGACAAUGCUAAAUAUGCAGUUUACUGUACGAGUCAGAAGAUGGGAUAAUACUGAUAUGAAAUCGUCCAUGGUAAUGGAUCUUAAAGGCCAAAUGAUCUAUAUUUUUGAAUCCAGUGCCAUCCUAUUCUUGGGAUCUCCUUGUGUGGAUAGACUAGAAGAUUUUACAGGACGUGGAUUGUACCUCUCAGAUAUUCCCAUUCACAAUGCAUUGAGAGAUGUUGUUCUGAUAGGAGAGCAGGCCAGAGCUCAGGAUGGACUGAAGAAGAGGUUAGGAAAGCUAAAGGCAACACUUGAGCAGGCCCAUCAAGCCCUCGAAGAAGAAAAGAAGAAGACCGUAGAUCUUCUGUUUUCUAUUUUUCCUGGAGAGGUUGCUCAGCAGCUGUGGCAGGGACAAGUUGUGCAAGCCAAGAAAUUUAAUAAUGUCACAAUGCUUUUCUCUGACAUUGUAGGAUUCACCGCCAUCUGUUCCCAAUGCUCACCUAUGCAGGUUAUCACCAUGCUUAAUGAGCUUUAUACUCGCUUUGAUUACCAAUGUGGAGAGCUAGAUGUCUACAAGGUUGAGACUAUUGGAGAUGCCUACUGUGUCGCUGGAGGUUUACACAAAGAAAGUGAAACACAUGCUGUUCAAAUAGCGUUGAUGGCCCUGAAGAUGAUGGACCUGUCAGAUGAGGUGGUGUCUCCCCAUGGAGAGCCUAUCAAGAUGCGCAUUGGCCUUCAUUCUGGAUCUGUCUUUGCUGGAGUUGUUGGGGUUAAAAUGCCCCGUUAUUGUCUUUUUGGAAACAAUGUAACCCUUGCCAAUAAGUUUGAAUCGUGCAGUAUACCUCGAAAAAUAAAUGUCAGCCCAACAACUUACAGGUUGUUAAAGGAAUAUCCAGGUUUUGUGUUCACACCUCGCUCAAGAGAAGAGCUUCCACCUAAUUUUCCCAGUGAUAUCCCUGGAAUUUGCUAUUUUCUGGAUGCUUAUAUUCAAGGAACAAGCUCACAGACUUGGUUUCAAAAAAGAGAUUUGGGAGAUGGCAAUGCCAAUUUUUUGGGUGAGGAAACAGGAAUAGACUAAAUUGUAUAUUCACAAGUGUAUAAAAUAAAUUUAUAAAUAUUUUGAUUUUUUUUGUAUAAAUUGAAAAUUUUUUUAAAAUGUAUGAAACAUGAAAGCACUUUAGGUUGUUAACACCUGGAAGCCAGUAUUAAGAUUUCAGGAUGUCACUGACUACUUUUUAUUUUUCCUUUGCAUAAGGAAGACAGUCACUGAAAUAAUAUUGCAACUUCACUGUUGAAAGUGCUACUAAAAACUACAUUUUCCCUGUGGUAACUUGUAAGUGCUGUGUAGCAACUCUCUUGAUUUUCUCUGUGCUGAGGAUUCUAGAUGUAUUGUACAUGCAGUGUGUCAGGAAGCGUAAUGUGCAAGUGAUGCAGCCACAUGCAGUGUUGUGAGCUGGUGCUUAUCAAUGACUAUUAAGAUGUAUUUUCUUAGUGAUUCCAUAAGAAAAUAUCCAUUAAAAUAUUGUCAUUGCUAUCACAUACUCCUUCCAGUGCAUCUUUUGGGCCCCAUCCUAGAAGCUGCUGACAUCUAACACUGAUCACGGUCAAUGUGUUGAGGGUGCUCAGCAUCUUCUGGAUCAGGCUGCUAAUUGUAGCUAAUACAUAUAUAUAUACAUAGCAGAGUUGCUGCUUACUGUUUCAUGAACUUUGUGUAUAAAAUGAAUAUAGAUUAUAACACUGUAUUAUCACAUACUAAAGUUUCUGUAAUCAUCAAACAAUAUUUUAGUUCUUGGGGUUUUUAAAAUACUUUAAAAAAUAAUAUCCACUUGCUAUUAUGUAUUAGAGCAAUAAAUGUUUUCUUUUUGUUGUCAUUUAAAUUUGAAAUGCUUAAAAAGAAAUGUAAUAAAAUGUGCUUUGGAGUGUUUGCUUAGAAA